AACUUUCCUCGGGCUCCGGACGCGUCGCUGCGGCUGCUGGAAAAGAGGCGCGCCCCCGCCACCCGCCGAGUCCUCCUGUGCUCCUCACGCCGGGCGGGAGCCCGGCACCCGUCGCCCCGUCGCGCACGGCCCGAGGGCAUGCGGCAGCCGCAGGGGCCCCCGCUCCCGGGCUCGGCGGCGCGGGCGAGCGUGAGCGGAUGUUCAGUCCUUCUCCACAAUGAAUGAGUGUCACUAUGAUAAGCAGAUGGACUUCUUCUAUAACAGGAGCAGUGCCGACACUGUCGAUGACUGGACAGGAACGAAGCUGGUGAUUGUUUUAUGCGUUGGAACAUUUUUCUGCCUGUUUAUUUUCUUUUCUAACUCUCUGGUCAUCGCGGCGGUGAUUAAAAACAGAAAGUUUCAUUUCCCCUUCUACUACCUGUUGGCUAACCUCGCCGCUGCAGAUUUCUUUGCUGGAAUUGCCUAUGUGUUCCUGAUGUUCAACACUGGCCCCGUUUCAAAAACGUUGACUGUCAACCGCUGGCUCCUCCGCCAGGGGCUUCUGGACACUAGCUUGACUGCCUCCCUGACCAAUUUGCUGGUGAUUGCCGUGGAGAGGCACAUGUCAAUCAUGAGGAUGCGGGUCCACAGCAACCUGACCAAAAAGAGGGUGACGUUGCUCAUUUUGUUUGUCUGGGCCAUUGCCAUCUUUAUGGGGGCGGUCCCCACACUGGGCUGGAAUUGCCUCUGUGAUAUCUCCGCCUGCUCUUCCCUGGCCCCCAUUUACAGCAGGAGUUACCUCAUUUUCUGGACUGUGUCCAACCUCGUGGCCUUCUUCAUCAUGGUUGUGGUGUACCUGCGGAUCUACAUGUAUGUCAAGAGGAAAACCAACGUGUUGUCUCCACAUACAAGUGGCUCCAUCAGCCGCCGGAGGACACCCAUGAAGCUCAUGAAGACGGUGAUGACUGUCUUAGGGGCCUUCGUCGUGUGCUGGACCCCGGGCCUGGUGGUUCUGCUGCUGGACGGCCUGAACUGCAAGGAGUGCGGCCUGCAUCACGUGAAGAGGUGGUUCCUGCUGCUGGCCUUGCUCAACUCCCUCAUGAACCCUGUCAUCUACUCCUACAAGGACGAGGACAUGUACAGCACCAUGAAGAAGAUGAUCUGCUGCUGCUUUCAGGAGAACAACCCGGAGCGGCGGCCCUCGCGUGUUACCUCCACAGUCCUCAGCAGGAGCAACACGGGCAGCCAGUACCUGGAAGAAGGUAUCAGCCAGAACACGGCCUCCAAGAACAGUUCCUAAGCCCCGGAUGCCCCCGCCCCCCGGCCUCCGCGGGGAAGAGAGCUGUUGAGAGCAGUUAUCUAUCUCUAACGAAGCCCGUGUACAGUGUUAUUUGAGGUCUGGAUUAACCAGUGCUACAUU